CCUUUGCAUAAUCCUUUAGCCAAGAUAACAAAGUCUUCACCUAUGAUGCUCGAUGCGUUUGGAGAGCACCUGACAAGAAAUCAAGAGUCGAUAUUCCUUUAUCGAAAAUCUCUCCGUUUUGAUUCCUAGCUCCACGUUGGUGCUUCUCCUCGGUUCAUGCCACAAGUUUUCUAUAGUGCUCGGGAUUCAUCCGGUUCCGUCAACAGAGUUCAGAUGCUGGAGGAGUACAACAAAGAGCUACAUGAGAACCUGUUGCAGACGGUGGCAUGCAUUGAAAACAUGGAGGCAGAACUGCAAUGUACCAAGACCGAGUUAGUCAGCUUCAAAGAAAAAUACAGAAGGCUACAAGAAAGCUAUUCUGUUUCUCAGCAGGCAAACAGUGCUUUGGAGCAGAAACUCAAAACUGCAGUAGACAGCUUGGAGUCGGAGAGGAAGUUCCUCAUGCAGAGAAUUGCAGAUCUGACGAAACAGCUGGAUACUGCUCAGAAGACCAUCAGCUCUCUGGAAAACAUCAAUGUUCCCUCACUGAUUAGAGAGUUGUUGAAAAAUCACUUUGACUCUCAUGAAGCCCUGGAACACUUAUGUCCUCGAACAUCUCCACGCCAAACCGAUGGCGACCAAUCAGAGAGGGUGCAGGAGCUCAGAAACAACCAACCAUUUGGUGGAAAAGGAGAUGUUUUUGAAUGGCCACAGACUGGACACGCAUACUCAUCUGCCAGACAACAGCCCGCCACAGCCUUUCUGCCAUGGAAACACGAUCACGAUCCAUGGGCAGGGCCAGGGCAACUCGUGACUAAAGGAAGUGACUCACAACUUCCCUUUUCUUUUACUAAUGAUGUGCCAAUCCACAAAACUUUGGCAGAUACAAAGACCCCAAGUCAACAAGCGCACCAAUUAGCCAUGAACACAGAGAUUCACUUAAUUCCCCCAAACCCAUAUAAUCUAGAUGAGAUGAGGCUCAGCAGACAGACAGCUGGAGAGGGAACUGUCACUUUGGGGAAGGAGCCCACUGAUGUCAGCUAUUUUACGGCUCAAAGGAUGCUGAAUGAGUUUUUGAACCAGAUUCCUCCUCCAGAUCAUGAUGCUGAAGGGAAUCAUGCAGCAGAACUAACAGGAGGGAAGCAGAAACAUUUGAUUUGACAAUGUAUAGCAAUAUACUAUCUGUUUUUGUGCUAUAUCCAUUAAAACAUUUAGUUUUGUGGUUUCCUGCUUUAAUUUGUAGUUCAAUGCAUAUUUAAAUGGUAUCCUCUAUAUUAGUGUUUUUAUACCUGUUUGCACUUUUUGCCCUGGAUAUUGUGAAAUAUUUAAAGAUUGGUUAUCGAUUCGUUGGUUAGAAAUGAUAUAAUACAGCUAGAUAUUCAUAUUAUUUUAUAGCUAACCAAAUUUACUGUCGGUGAGCCGUUCAGGAAAGUAUGGUACCCUGUCUUUUAUCUUUUGUUUAAUGUUUGCCUGUAUAAAAUUAAAAUUAAACUGGAGGGUGUAUUUUAUAGAAAGUGUUUAUUGAAUACUGUGAAAUUUAGGAAAGUUUGAAUUGUUGUUUUUGUGAAAUCUAAAUAUAUAACUGAUAGAAUAUUAGUUAUAAUUUCUGCUAGAAAAGCUAAAAGUAAACCACAAAACCAUGUAUAUUUAUUAAAGAAUAUCCUUGUAUUUGUAUUAAUAAAGUCUAAUGUGCUAAUUUGCUCUACAUUUGGGAGUGGUUUAUAUCUGUUUUAGUCAAUUUAAGGGCAACUUUAUAUCCAUAUAAAAC